CGCGGGAGCGGAGCCGGGGUUAGCGGAGCUGCUGGAAGAUGGCGAGUGGCCGCGACGCGCGGCCGCCCUGGCAGCCGGGGCGCCUCCCGCUUCUGCUGUGCCUGCUGCUGCUGUUGCUGCGGAACCCGGCCCGGGCAGCGCACAUCAAGAAGGCGGAGGCGACGACAACGACGACGAGCGCAGGCGCCGAGGCGGACGAGGGCCAGUUCAAUCGCUACUACCACGAAGAGGAGCUGGGCUCGGCGCUGAGGGAGGCUGCGGCCGCGGGGCCCCCGGGCCUGGCCCGCCUCUUCAGCAUCGGCAGCUCGGUGGAGGGUCGGCCGCUGUGGGUGCUGCGCCUCACGGCCGGCCUGGGGCCGCCGUCUCCUGACAGCGACUCGGGGCCCGACGCGGAGGGGCCGCUCCUGCCCGGCCGACCGCAGGUGAAGCUAGUGGGCAACAUGCACGGCGACGAGACCGUGUCGCGCCAGGUGCUGAUCUACCUAGCCCGCGAGCUGGCUGCUGGCUACCGCCGCGGGGAUCCGCGCAUCGUCCGCCUGCUCAACACCACCGACGUGUACGUGCUGCCUAGCCUCAACCCCGACGGCUUUGAGCGCGCCCGGGAGGGCGACUGCGGCCUCAGCGAUAGUGGCCCCCCCGGGACCAGCGGUCGCGACAACAGCCGCGGCCGUGACCUCAACCGCAGCUUCCCCGACCAGUUCAGCACUGGCGAGCCACCAGCCCUGGACGACGUGCCCGAGGUGCGUGCCCUCAUGGACUGGAUCCGCAGGAACAAGCUUGUGCUUUCUGGAAAUCUGCAUGGUGGCUCCGUGGUAGCAAGCUAUCCUUUUGAUGACUCUCCAGAACAUAAGGCCACUGGAAUCUAUAGCAAAACCUCAGAUGAUGAAGUCUUUAAAUACUUGGCAAAAGCCUAUGCAUCAAACCAUCCCAUAAUGAGAACUGGUGCCCCUCAUUGUCCAGGAGAUGAAGAUGAGACUUUCAAAGAUGGGAUCACAAACGGCGCACAUUGGUAUGAUGUGGAAGGUGGUAUGCAAGAUUACAAUUAUGUAUGGGCCAACUGUUUUGAGAUCACAUUAGAGCUGUCUUGUUGCAAGUACCCACCUGCUUCGCAGCUUCGACAAGAAUGGGAGAACAAUCGUGAGUCUUUGAUCACAUUGAUUGAAAAGGUUCACAUUGGAGUUAAAGGAUUUGUUAAAGAUUCAGUAACGGGAUCUGGUUUAGAGAACGCAACCAUCUCAGUGGCUGGUAUUAAUCAUAAUAUCAUAACAGGCAGAUUUGGUGAUUUCCACAGAUUACUUGUUCCUGGAACUUACAACAUUACAGCUGUUUCAACUGGGUAUAUGCCACUGACAAUUAAUAAUAUAAUAGUGAAAGAAGGACCAGCCACAAAGGUGAAUUUUUCCCUUCGGCCAACCGUGGCUUCCGUAAUCCCUGACACAACUGAGGUGGUAGUAACUGUUAGCACAGUUGCUCUGCUUAAUAAUCUUCCUGGAACACAAUCCUUCCACCAGCCAAUUCAGCCCAAGGACUUUCACCACCACCAUUUCCCGGAUAUGGAAAUCUUCUUGAGAAGGUUUGCCAAUGAAUAUCCUAACAUCACCCGGCUUUAUUCAUUAGGAAAAUCAGUGGAGUCAAGAGAACUUUAUGUAAUGGAGAUAUCUGAUAAUCCAGGUGUCCAUGAACCAGGUGAACCAGAAUUUAAGUAUAUUGGAAAUAUGCAUGGAAAUGAAGUAGUUGGACGAGAACUGCUAUUGAACCUCAUUGAAUACCUUUGUAAGAACUUUGGAACAGACCCUGAAGUGACAGAUUUAGUUCGCAGCACUAGAAUUCACCUUAUGCCAUCCAUGAAUCCUGAUGGGUAUGAAAAGGCCCAGGAAGGAGAUUCAGUAAGUGUAAUUGGCAGAAACAACAGCAACAAUUUUGACCUGAACCGAAAUUUCCCAGACCAGUUCUUUCAGAUCACAGAUCCUACCCAACCAGAAACUAUUGCUGUAAUGAGCUGGAUGAAGUCCUAUCCGUUUGUACUGUCAGCAAACCUGCAUGGAGGUUCUUUGGUAGUGAACUACCCUUUUGAUGAUGAUGAACAAGGGCUUGCCACAUAUAGUAAAUCACCAGAUGAUGCUGUGUUUCAACAAAUAGCACUUUCUUAUUCCAAGAUGAUGAUCUUUACCUUUGACAUCUGGGUGUCCUUGUACUUUAUCCAGGUUCAUCAGGGUGUCAAAGGAUUUGUCCUAGAUGCCACGGAUGGCAGGGGUAUAUUAAAUGCCACGAUUAGUGUUGCUGAAAUUAAUCACCCAGUGACUACCUACAAAACUGGAGAUUACUGGCGUCUCUUGGUUCCAGGAACUUACAAAAUCACAGCAUCUGCUCGAGGGUAUAAUCCAGUUACCAAGAAUGUGACUGUGAAGAGUGAGGGUGCUAUUCAGGUCAACUUCACCCUUGUUCGAUCUUCAGCAGAUUCAAGCAAUGAAUCAAAGAAAGGAAAGGGGGAUAGCACCAACACUGAUGAUGUCAGUGAUCCAACUACUAAAGAGUUUGAAACUUUAAUUAAAGACCUUUCGGCUGAGAACGGUUUGGAAGGCCUCAUGUUACGGUCCUCCUCAAAUCUGGCUCUUUAUCGAUACCAUUCAUACAAAGACUUAUCAGAGUUUCUGAGAGGACUUGUGAUGAACUACCCACACAUCACAAAUCUCACCAAUUUGGGACAGAGCUCUGAAUAUCGUCACAUUUGGUCCCUCGAAAUCUCCAAUAAGCCCAACAUAUCUGAGCCCGAAGAACCAAAGAUCCGUUUUGUUGCUGGUAUCCAUGGAAAUGCUCCAGUUGGAACUGAACUACUUUUGGCUCUGGCAGAAUUUCUCUGCCUAAACUACAAAAAGAACCCAGCUGUUACUCAACUGGUUGACAGGACUAGAAUUGUGAUUGUCCCUUCUCUAAAUCCAGAUGGGCGAGAGAGGGCACAAGAGAAAGACUGUACUUCAAAGAGAGGACAAACAAAUGCUCAUGGCAAAGACUUGGAUACAGACUUCACAAAUAAUGCCUCCCAGCCUGAGACUAAAGCCAUCAUUGAAAAUUUGAUUCAAAAACAGGACUUCAGCCUUUCUGUUGCUUUAGAUGGUGGUUCAGUGCUGGUCACAUACCCAUAUGACAAACCAGUACAAACAGUGGAAAACAAAGAGACUCUGAAGCAUUUGGCAUCUCUUUAUGCAAAUAACCAUCCAUCCAUGCAUAUGGGACAGCCCAGUUGCCCAAAUAAAUCAGAUGAGAAUAUCCCAGGAGGUGUAAUGCGUGGAGCAGAAUGGCAUAGUCACCUGGGCAGCAUGAAGGAUUACAGUGUCACCUAUGGCCACUGCCCGGAAAUCACAGUAUACACAAGCUGCUGCUACUUCCCCAGCGCAGCACAGCUGCCUUCCCUGUGGGCGGAAAAUAAGAGGUCUCUUCUUAGCAUGUUGGUGGAGGUGAGCCUUUCCCUUCCAACUAGCAGCGCAGCCCAGCAGUAUGUUCAACGAAAAGCUUUAUCAAAACAUUUCCUUAAUCUUUUACCAAUAAUUUAUACUCUUAUAAAGGGCGCCACCAUGUCAGCAUUGAUCCUAACAGCUUGCAUUAUUUGGUGCAUCUGCUCAAUCAAGUCUAACAGACACAAGGAUGGCUUUCAUCGGCUCAGGCAGCAUCAUGAUGAGUAUGAAGAUGAAAUUCGCAUGAUGUCAACAGGCUCCAAGAAGUCCCUCUUAAGCCAUGAGUUCCAGGAUGAAACAGACACUGAAGAGGAAACGUUAUAUUCUAGCAAACAUUGAAACACAGACUUCGCACAUCUCCCAGCAUAAGUACCAAGCAAAAUUACAGUUCCUUUUGGGAGACACUGCAUUAAGAAGAGAGACUCUCUUGCUUCUUCAAAGAGCUUUGGGGAGUUAACUUGCUAAAUUUGUAUUCUCUGUGAAUUUGGCUGGCAGUUUUGAACUUCCCCUCCUUUAAGUACUCUUACCUUAAAAAAAAAAAAGAUCUGCUUUCUAUUUAUGCAGCAGAAAUGGGACAGCCACUUUGUUUUUCUUUUUAAUUUAAGAUGAGCUGUUUGGAGCUUGUGUUAUAACUGCAUAAAGCCAACUAGUGGAUGUUAUAUUUUGCACAUCAGGUGUUUACUAGUGGCUUUAGCUUUUUCUCUUUAUUUUAGAUGGCCAAAAGAAUCCAGAAACAUUUAGGCAGGGACAGCAGUCAGAAUCUGACAUAAAGCUUUAAAAACACAAGGUUUUCUCAACCUACUGAGAAGUACUUUCCUCUAGUUAUUAAAUAGCUGGAGUUUUCUCUUAUCAUUCAGGUUUAAUGGAGGCUGGAUUGAUUUUUAAAUAUAUAUAAUAUUAGGAAAUGAAUAAAUGGGCUUCCGCAUUUGGCUUUCUACUUGUUCCAAGGUUAGAUCAGAACUGGUGGGCUAUGCUUUAAGCAGGAUUUCACUACCUCUCUUAUAAGGUUUAGCAAAGUUCUAAAUACCCCCAUUUUAAGGGAGAACUUGUUGACUUUGUUGUAAAAGAUCUAAAUGUCCAUUUGAAUAGAACUGAGAGGGAGAUCUACCAAAAGCUAAAACUUGUGUCGCAUAUCUUUCAACUUUUAAAAAUCCCACAGGUGCUGCUGCUUUUUAUCUGUGAAGCACUAGUUUAUUCUAGGAAUGCCUAAUUCUUUCAUAUUUCCUAAAUUUGAACCUUUUUCUGUGUUGUACACUUAUGGCUUUCAGAUGACCCGGCAAUGUACAAGAUCUGAAUUCUACUGAAAAUAUCUGGAAGUGUGGAAGAGACCUACUUGCACAUUCUUUAACCGACAUUUGAACACAAAAUAUCUACAGUUCAUGCUCCAGUUCAAGCCUACGGAUAUCCUACUGUUACUGAAAUAGCUUGGCCAGUCUUAUUCAUAGAGGCCUCUGCAAGUGAUUGGGUUCUUUGUCCUAAUGUUUCAUUUGACAGUCUCUUUUUGAUCAACCAGUUUUGUUAAAAGUUCAGUUGAAAGCAUUUAAAUAUGGCUCCCUCCAUUAAAAAAAAAAAAAUGUGAACUAUGGACUACCGUGUUCUGUAACACUGUGGUGAGAAAGUAUCAUCUUCACUGCCACUCAGGUUAUUGCAAAGACCUGAAAGAUUUUCUUUUACUGUGUCUGUCAUAUCAUGCUUUUCAAUGGAAUUGAUGCUUUUUGUAAGUAUGAGUCUUACCAAUGAUCUAAUGGUUUAAUACCUUUGAAUGUUUUUAAUGGCCAAGUUGCUGCUGAAUUUGUACUAAAUCAGGGGAUCAAAAAACUUGCUCUCAUCUUUUCAAAUUGUAUUCUAUAUCCAUUAAUGUAUCAAUCAUCCCAAAGCCUUCAUGUGGAGUGGUUUACCACCCGUGUAGGUCAUUCCAAGUUUUUUGAGGAAUGCGCCCAAAGUGGCUUUAUAUAAAGAGAUUUGGUUUAGCAGGAAUAAUGAGAUCAUGACAUUUGUUAGUGAGUAUCUGUGAUAAAUUUGGGUGGUUCAAGGUUAAGCCAUUUUGAUAUUAAUCCUAUUAUUAACAACUCUAAAUUUUGAGCCCUUGCCACCCACUCUCACCCCACCACAUACACAGCUAAUACUUACUGAAAUAGACAUGAUUUAAUGUCUUCUAAUAAUACUUUACAUUUUCUUUAAGGGGGUGAUGUGGUGGCAAUGCUCUUUUUAGCUUUACUUUUAAGAGUGCAAAGUCAAAACCAACAAAGGGCUGAGUGGCUGGCCCUGCUUGGGACAUUGCAGCUAGAAAUGAAACAAAGUUGACGUGACAGUCUUUACUUUAUUAGCAUUGGUCUUCACUCACUAGAGGGUGCCUUUUAAAUUCAUUUCUCUUUUGAAUUAACCAUGUCUUUAACUGUUCAUCACAGUGGCUGGAGUCCAUGUCUUUAAGCAUGUAUACAAUUUUUUUUAGAAAUGAACAUACAGAUAGUUCUUUUAGUAAUUUUUCCUGAAAGUAAAACCAAAUUCUGCUAUAAAUCUUGAAUCUUUAAUGAGUUUCUAAAUCAUGCAUUGCUCUGGAAAAUAAGACCUUCUCAGCCUGUGUUAGCUAUGAACAUGAAUGUAUAGGAUCAUGACUACUAACAUUGUGUUCUCAGCCCUGCUUUGUCUUUUAUUUGUGGAUCUAAUCUUAGACCACAUAACCGCUUAAGGCAUUGAAGCCAUAUGGAAUGGGGAAUGCAUUUCUUCAGUGUUUCUCCUAGAGACUUUCCAUUUCCUUGGAGUCAUGGAGGCAAGUAAGUAUCACAGUAUUAAGAAAUUUGCCCAAAUCUGAGUUGUGCCUUUCUUUACUCACAAGGCAUGUUUUUUGUCCUGGUGAUCAGCUUGUAAGCCUUCUUCCUUCCCAGCUCCUUAAUAAAAGCAAAGUGAUUGAGUAGGUAAUUUUCAAAGUGUCUGCCUGUGUAAAUGUACUUGUACUGGUUAUGCAGUCCGAUAAGAUGAACUCAAGUUAAUUUCAGAUGGAGAGACCUUUUGUUUUUGAUGUAUUUUGCUGAACACUUGCUUAGUGUUUGGGAUCCUGUCCAGUUGAGGAAUGCUUGCAAUUCUCACUGGAGGGAAUUUGCUUGGGGACUUUGUCAUCCUCCAGAAAGGAAACAUAAUGUAUAUUUGGCCCAGUGUGAUUGAUUGGUUAAUCUUUGGUAAUUUUCACCUGGAUGGAUUUGCUGAAUUAACGAAUAUUGAACUUAAAAAUAAUUAUGAUUUGACAAAUAAAUAAAAGGUAGUCCUUAAUGCCUGAGCUUAUUGUGUUUCUGAGCUAAUACCAGGUUACUCAGUAACCAUGACCUGCUCCUCCAUUUCCAUUUAUUCUCAAUAGUAAAUAGUUUUCUCUUCUUGUUGCCAGAAAUGCACUUGUUGCCAGGUUUUGUCCCUGCUGUAUUAAAAGCUUCUUGGCUAUGAAUGCUGUGAUGGUGCCCCGCCUAUGGUUCUCUGGUAGAAUUGUUUUUAAAGAUAGCAACUUUAUUGUUACUACAAAAAAUUCCGCUGUGGUUGAUGUUCAGUGACUUUCUACCUAGCAACUUUUUGGUAAUUCUUUGAGUUUCUGAUUUGUUUUAACUAUAGCAGAUUCUUUGGGGUAAUUAGGGCCUUUGAUUAAUGUCAACUAAACAUGGAUUUCCAGUUCAUAAAGAAACAUCUCCCAACACCCAUUUCUCCAAUCUUUAGCAAUAAUUAAUAUUCCACCUGAUUUUCAGAAUAUUGUCCUAGUUGAUUUUGAUUAGACAGAACAUAUUAUGAAAUUUGAAAAUAGGCUAUCAUUUUAAGGCAAUUGGAUAUAAAUUAUGUAAAUAUGUAUGAUUAUGACUUUUAUAAAUGGCAUAACAUGAAUGUACUAGCUACAUUCUAUGCUGGCCAUGCUGCAGAUUUUCUGGAGGUAUGACAUAAUGGUAUUUUUUUAUGCUCAGAGUAAAAAUAAACUUUUCACCUCUCCAUCUUUUCAGAGUGACAUUCCCAGGCUCCAGAACAAUUCUAUAGCUAUUUAUAUGAGGUGCCCAACACUCGUUCAUCUCAAGUGCUUCAGUCUUUGGUUUAUUUCAUGCACUGUGCCUUCAAAAUGAAAUUUUUAAAAGGGACUUUAAAUGAAGUUGAAUAGUAGUUUUAAAAAGUCAAUCUGUGUAAUUUAUGUGAAAUCUAAUUGUAAUGAGGUCCUUUCUGUUUUUUAUAUGUAAACAGAUCUACUAAUCCUGUAUAAAAGUUAUUUUAUGA